AUGAGGGUGGCAGAGAAGUUUAAUGCGAGGAGGGAGGCGAAUAUCCGGUUAGUUUGGGAAGAAUGGUUCUGGGAUUCGUUGGAGCAUGGGGGUCGAUUCGACGAGGAAGCAUACCUUGUGCAGAACCCACGACCAGAACGGAGACCGGCCGAAUCCCUGCCUUCUCAAGUCCCGGAGUCGGAGCCUUCGCGUGCCAAUAGCUUGCAAGCUGAACCACAGCCUCCUCAGCGACAACCAACGAUGGAUCUUGACGACUUGGAGGACGAAGCUGCUUCUGUCAACGUUGUGCCAGCGGUGCGGCUACAGGUCUGGGGAGGUUUACUGGAGCGGAGAGGAUACGAAGUCACCGACGGUGAAAUUGUGCGCAGCCCGACUAAAUCCCAGCCUGCCGCCGGCCCCCAACAAGCGAAGUCAAAUGCACUACCCAGUAUCAACUACCGCAAGGCUGGAGGUGUGAUUGAUGCCGUGCGAAGCACAAAUUCCUUUGCCCCAGCGGAACCCGAAGCUGGUCCAAGCACAAGUCAGCGCCCUCUCCCUUUCAAGCGCCAUUCGACCGCCAAUUCUGGUCCAUCAAGAGCAGGGACUCCCGCUAUCCAACCAAGUCGGCAACCUUCCCGUCGUUCAUCAGGCCAGGCGCCAGGCGCCGUUCAGGAGGAUGUCAACGCCGCAGGUCCAAGCUCGCCGAAGCCUACUUCUUCACCACCAAUGCCUCAAAUAUUUGCCGGCAUGCGCCUAUGUGUACUCGGUGAAGCCAAAGCGGCCACCGUGAAAAGUGCCAUUGAAGCGAGCGGCGGGGUGUAUGUUCAGGAAGAGGACGAGAACGUUGAUUUCAUCAUCGUCCGGCUCUUUAGUGGGAGCAAGAUUUACCAGAGUGAACCCGACCCUAAAAUGCGGGAAAAGUAUCGCACCGAAUGUUGGUUAGAGAGUUGUAUACACGACGAACGGAUAUGCCACCCAGAUGAACAUGUCUCGUUCUUGCCUUUGGCUAUCAAUACCCCCGUCCCCGGUGCGGAGAAGAUUCAAAUUGGUCUAUCCGGCUUAGAUCAAUCCCAGUCCUGUCAUACCCGACGACUUCUUCGCGCACUCGGGAUAAAUAUCAUCCCGCUAUUUACUCGCAAGGCUACCCAUCUGUUGUGUCCUUCUGGAACAGGUGCGAAGUUCGAGAAGGCCGGCGAAUGGGGUAUUCCCGUAGUGUCGUACUCUUGGCUACAAGCAAUAGCGUCCUCAGGGACGAUCCCACCAGCGGAUGACUACCUUGUCACUGGUCCACCAUCCGCCGCCGACAAAGCGAAUGACCAUUCGAUCGACAUCAAAGGAAAGGGCAAAGCCGUCGCCAAUGAUGACGUUCGAAUGCAAGACAUCACCAACAAUAUCCACGAAUCUCCUCUGGCCCAACAUGCUGCACUACCUGCCGAGAAACCAGCUCCGCCGUUGAGCAAGAACAACAGCCUCGAGCGUCAACCAACAGCGAUCGUCCCACCACACGGAUCUGGUGGUUCUGUCGCCAGUGGGUUGGGACAACCAACCGAACUCCUGGGAGGACCAGCUUUGUCUUCCUUCUUUGCACCCUCCCGAUCUUCCGCCGCUCCCUCCCAAGAGAGUCCUCUCGUUCGUUAUGGCACCCGCCCAAGUUCUUCUGUCGCACACACCAUUGGCGACGACUUAUCCGUUCGCGACGACGAUGACCUCGCCCCAGCGAUGGACCAAGAACCGCAACGAACCCAGCCUUCGCAUCCAGACGGAACACCCCAGCGCAAAUCCACUCUGUCGAUCAUGUCCAACAACGACGAUCGUGAUAUGAUGCGGAUACCCUCUUCCAAGUCGCCGUCGCCUAUGAAGCUCCCGCUUCGACGGCAUGCGUCCAAGUCGCCUGUGAAGCUCGAUCCAGGCCAGACGAAGCUUCUCCACGAGAGUAUUCAAUCAUUGCUUGGGAAGCGGGGGCCGCCUGAUGCUGCGGCGGAACAGGGCGGGGAUGAGGAUCCGGACUCUUUGCAGACGGUUGAUAGCGCCAGGAAUUCGAAACGGAAGAAGGGUCAAAGGGCCAAACCUCCUGCACGUCCCAAAGCCCAACGAAGCCGGACAACGACAACCGCAUCGCGCAGGUCCCCUCCAGAACCCAGCCCCGCACCAGUAGACGGCAUCUCACUGGGUGCCUUCAACUACGGCGUGGAAGAGGAGAGCCAGCGCCUCGACGAGCAGCAGCAGAGCGUGCGGGUUGUGUAUGAGGACCCUGCGCAAUUGGAAGAACGGCAGAGGUUGAUGAACAUGCUCAAGGCAAACUCGCAGGUGGAGGGGUCGUUGCCUAGUAGUGGGAGUUUGGGGAAGACGCGGAGGUCUGCGAGGCUUUCGUCUGGACUGUGA